AUGGCUAUUUUUAAGGGAUACAACGCUACUGAGAAAAUUAACAUUUCUCAGUUUCUCUGCAGAACAUUUUUUGUCACUCUUCUAAUUUGGUUCCUAAAUUGUUCUAAUUACCAAAAAUGUGACGGGAGGAGUGACCUUCAGAGUGAGCUGAAGCCCACUACCAGCAGAUCCUUAUCAGUAGUACGAAGAAUGGGAAAGUACAACCCUCCACUCAGAACCCGCGUAGUAAAGGAAGUUACCCGUGGAGGCUUUAAAGAGUAUGAAGAAAAAUAUGAAUCCAAGCAUUACACAUUAAAGGAAAACGUGGAUGAAAAAAAUAAGGAUUGUGAUGAAAAGUACGAAGCAGCCAAUUACGGAUUCAGAGAAAAGUGCCCCUACGAAGUGAACCCAUAUACUGGUGCAAAUGGACCUGAUAUUUUAUUAUUGAAAAAGAGAUUCCAUGAGACUUUGAACAGAGAUGAAGAUGAUGAUGAUGACGAUGAAGCGUUACUAAGUAGUAAGCUACCAGGUUCAUUAGACGCAUGCGAAGGAGGAUAUGGUGGAAAAAAAAAAAGACGUUCCAAGGCAGACGAUGAAUAUCCUACUAUAAUAAAAGAAUACGAAGAAGUUGGCGCACAAGGAUAUAAUAGAGGCCCUGGAGGACGAGGCAAAGGAAAAAAACGCCCAACACCACAUGGUCCAGACGCAGAAGAAUACCCAGAAGAAGAUAUGGGAGCAUACGGACCACCACCAAGAGCAGGACGCCCAGUUAAAGUAACAGAACCUGAUGAUGAUGAAAUGAUGGCCUAUGGACCACCUACAAGAGGAAGAGGCCCAGUUAAAACGGGACAACAUGGCGCACCGGGUCCAUCAAAAGAUCCCUUUAAGGACCAACCACAUGGAAAUUUCAAGAAAGGACAAGCACCAACAGUACACCAGGGACCAAAGCAACCAACCAACGGACCCAAGCCCCCCGUAAAUCAACAAGCCCCACCUAAACCAACCGUAAGUCAACAAGCCCCACCUAAACCAACCGUAAGUCAACAAGCCCCACCUAAGCCAACCGUAAAUGAACCACCCAAAAAGGAAUCUAAAAAGGAUAAAUCCAAAAAGGACAAAUCUAAGAAAAAUAAAAAAUGA